GUUGUCUUCGGCGAUCCUGAGUUGAAUGACGACAAGAUCAAAGCUGCAGCUUUGGAAGGCUUUGACAUUUAUGAGGAGGACGAUGUCAAGGACGAUGUCGAGGAAGUUGAACAGAAAGAGCUGAUUGGAGAUGCCGAGCUGUUGACACCCACUCAACGCGAUUCACUGUACAAAUUGGAUGAAGCCGGCAAAUAUGCCGUAUUGAAGAUCAAGCGGGUAAGUCUAAGCUUCAGCGGAGCCUCCGUCUUUUUCCUGACUCCUCUGCGAGACGGUCGUCCAAUGCCUGCUUCAGUAUUGAAAUUCGACUCUAAAGAGUGUGUCGAAGAUGAGAUGGCCAAGACGGAAAAGUACAGGACGCUUUUCGGCUCAACAACGCCGAAGGUGAAGGACUAUUUCUUGGUCGACUCGAAGGAUCCAUCGUCCGUGAUGCAGAUUGACCUUUGUGGCGGUGUUUUUGGUCUCCCUGAGUUUGCCAAAGCACCGCCCGUGCAUACUUUUGCUUCCAUUUUGGAAGCCGAGCUCAAGGAGGUCACCCUGAACGUGGACGUCGUCCCCAUAAUCAACGAGGCGCUGGAGAGGCGUAUGUACCACUUCACGAUGUCUGAGCGCAAAAUCAGUUCGCUGUCGUUGGCAGACUCCUACAAGAUCGUGCGGUUUGUGGGCCACGGAAUCCUGAAUCGUGCCAAGGAGGGAGCAAAGCGUGCAGCGAAGUCCGCGGCUUUGGCGGCUGGAUUCCAGAAUCCUGUUGAGAUAGACGACUUGGACCCAGACGGUAAGAUCAUCCAAGAGCUUUGUGGCAGGAAGCAGACGGUGCGUGAUCUCUUUCAGAAGUUCUCAAACAUGGAAGCGAAGCUUUCAGAGCACUUCAAGAGAGAAGUUGUCGUCGGCCUCUGUCACAACGAUCUGCACGGUGGAAAUCUUCUCGUGGACUCACAGGGCCUGGUGUGGCUGAUCGACUUUGCCACAGUGGAAGCAGGCAAGCACGUGCUGAUGGACUUAUCAAAGUUCCUUUCAGCAUGUGCCUUUAUGUACUUGCAAGACUCCGUCAACGAAGAGCAUGUCCAAUCCAUUGCCAAGAUCCUGUGCAUGACGCCCGAUGCCACGACAGAUUUGCCCGUGGCUCUAAUGGAUGCGGUGAGGGAAGACCCUGUAGCAAAGCUGUUCUUUCAAAUACUCGUGAGAAUUCGUCACUCCAUGUGCUUGUUCGAAAGCGGUCCUGGCUCGCCGAGAAACGACGGCACCCCGUUUGCUAUUGCUCUCUUCGCAUGGUCAGCUCGCAUGCAGAGCUACAGCGAGCCGUCCUUGCACCAGAAGACACGGGCGUUGUAUUUUGCGAUCGCCGGUGUCCAGCGCCUCCUUCGGCAGAUGGGCGAAGACAUUGGACCAACGGCUUCAACGUGGGUACAGGAGUUUCAGAGAGAAACCGUUGCCGUGGUCGAACCGAACAUGCUGUCUCGACAGGCAGCACUGGACAUGUGGGAAGGACAGAAAGGAUUGCUGUUCCAGCUUAUGUUUGAGCUCGAGUUUCAGACGUACUGCGCGCAGGCCGGUGCAUCGGAGGCAUGGACCACGGAUAUUUUGACACGUGAAAAAGUCAAUGUCAUGGAGAGCUGCACGGAGCUGUCGAUAAAAUUCAUUGGUUCGCUGAAAACUCGAUUGGUGCUUCUCCCCGAGAAGGCCAAGAUUCUGUGGAAGAAGCUCGCGAAGGUGUACAAGACAUUUGCGCCAGAUUUGCUGCACCUGGAGCAUUUCUGCGGUCGGACCGUUGUUCUCGGUGAUGGCGGAACAGGCAAAUCUGUCUUGACGAAGCAGCUCCUAGCUGAAGUAGCUCAGAUGGAA